AGAAAAGCAACAUCGCGCAGUGCGUUUUUACACGCGGAUUUCAUUCGAAGUCAAUGCAAGUUGUGAAGGAAGGAGCACUGUGUCAAUCUGACGUUAUGCCCCUGGAGUUAUGACAGGUUCUGCAGCGGUAUACUAUAGGUUCUCAUAUAACCACCCUGCCUCCAGGUUUCCCUCUCAAGUGAGGCAAGAAGAUGAUGGAGUCCAGCAAAGAACCCCAGCAGUGUCAAGGCACUUUUGAGUGUCAUCUGUGUGGAUUAACUGCCCCCUACAGCUACUAUGGGCAGAAACCUCCAAACGCCUACUCCGUUACCCUCCUGGAAGAAAGCUACGUCAUGAAGGAUCCAUUCACCUCUGACAAGGGCAAAUUCCUUAUUCUUGGAUCUCAAUGCAGUUUGUGUUGCAAGCGUGUGUGUGUUGGCACAGACUGUAGCCUUUUCUACUCAAAAAGAUUCUGCCUCCCCUGUGUUAACUUACAUUUAAAGGACUUUCCUUUGGAAAUAAAGCAAGAUUUAGAAAAGAAAACACAUUCCAAAUCCCAAAUUUUGAAAAAAGGAGAUUUCAAGGACUCAAAGAAAAAGUAGGUUGUUUUGACUCAAGUUUCAGGAAUGUACUUUUGUAAUAAAAUGUACUUUUGUAAUAAAAAGCUCUUUUAGAA